AUUUACAAAAAUCAGUGUAGUUAGCACAAAUAUUCAAAAUGCUCCGAGCGUUGGCUUUAUUAGUGUUUAUUUUUCCGGUUGUAAUUUUUUCUAAUAAAAUCGUUUUUAAUAGUCAAAACGUUUCUACCGAUACAAAAAAUAUAGUUUUACCGAACACGAUUAAUUCAAAAUUGGAUGACAGUAAUGCCACGGGACUCGAGCCGGUUUAUCCUGAGAGCUGGUUAGCCAAUCUCUUCUAUCAAUCGUUAGUGGGGUUCUCAGUCACAGAUGUUGGAAAUUCGGCUUGUCGACUACAGUCAAAGUUGUACUUGAGUCAUUUAAAAAACAAUUCCUACUGGGCAUUAAAAAUGUCAGAUUCAUGGCCUAGAUACCUAAACGGAUUAUUAAUAGGCAACACACAUCACAUGGGCGUUUAUGACGAGUGCAUUAGUGUGCAUCAUCCUAUUCAAGGAAAAUAUUGUUUGUCAACCAUCGAGCUUCAAACUUCAACAAACGAAAACUUCACCCAGUACAGUAAAGAUGAAUACACCAGUUUCGAUAAUGCUUGGCAAGAAAUACUCGGGUUUAUCGAUUAUGGUGACCAGUAUAAAAGAAAUGUUAUCAAUCUCGGCGUCUGUAUACCAGAGGCGUGUACAUCCGAAGACCUUGAAGUUUCAUUACAAAGAGAAUUGGAUCGUAUAUUUCUAGCACAUCAACUAAGUACCCAAGUCAACGUUAAACCAGAAUUAUGUAACACCAACAAAAUUUUUUUCCCGUACGAUACAGGAUAUUAUGUAACAUGCAUUGUUAUUGGUUUGCUGAUUUUGGUCGUUUCUUUUUCGACGGCUUACCAUUUAGUAGCGCUACGCAAUGGACGAGAAAACAAGCAGUUGCAAGCUUCGGAAAUUACAAUUAUAUUUUCCGUAAUUACAAAUGGAAAAGAGCUCUUUAAAUUCGAUAAGAACAAUGAGCUUAAUUUUUUUAAUGGUUUGUCAACAAAUACAACGAUGAUGGUGAUAAUAUCUCAUGGAUGGUUGAUUAGUGUCACUGGUCCUUAUUUGUACCCUAGAGUAAUAGAAGAGUCUUUUCAAGAUGCCCACUACAAUAUUUUUUUAAGUAUAAAUAAUGGAGUUGACCCGUUUUUAUUUAUGUCUGGUUACUUGUUAUACUCGAUUAUGAUUACCAAAUUCAGACAACCCGGAUGUAAUUGGUUCCAAAUCCCAAAGAUGUUUAUCUACAAGUAUCUCAAAUCAAUUCCGGCGCACGUCGCAAUGAUACUUCUUACGAUAUUUAUUAUCCCUCAUAUGGGCAAUGGACCUUUUUGGGCGAACAGAAUGGAUUUGGAAGCAAACAAGUGCAAACAAUAUUGGUGGACUAACCUAUUGGUUAUUAAUAAUUUCGUUGAUGGAGGAAACCAAUGUCUCUUCGCUGGUUAUUACAUAUCUUUACAACUACAGUUGACGGUUAUUGGAAUUAUCGUCGUUUACAUUUAUGGAAAAAACCGCAAAAUCGGUGCCAGUGUAUUAGCCUUGCUGAUUUCCGCAUCGUUAAUCAUUCCGUUUGCUUUAACUUACUAUUCAAAAUCAGAUGGAAUUACCAAAUUUAAUAUAUCAUUUAUGUUAAACAUAAUGCAAUCAACUAGUUCUCACUCAUAUGAUUACACGCAUAUAUACAGCCAGCUCUAUGUACGGGGUUUACCAUUUUAUAUUGGGCUGUUAGCGGGUGAUAUUGUCGAAGUUCUUAAAAAAAAGGAGAUCAAAAUGUCCAAGACAACUACUCUUAUAACAAAUCUGAUAGCCUGGGGUCUUUACAUGUAUGUCCAAUUGUACAGUAAUGUAUUCUAUCAGAGGCACAGGGCUUACAAUGCAAUUGAGUCUUCUAUGUAUGCAGCCAUUGGUCAUUUAAAUACGCCCUUACUCCUUAUGUGGUGUGCUAUCUGUCAUACGACAUCUAGUUAUGGUUUUCUAGAUAAUAUAUUGAACAAUCGAUUCAUUAAUUUAUUACACAAACUCUCUUACUCAGUAUACCUAGUCAAUGUUACUUUAACAUUAAUGAUAGUAUUCUCUGUACGGGCAUCUGAAGUACUCACAUCUGGAAUGAUCGUUAUGAAAUUGAUUUAUAUAAUGUUAACGACAUAUUUAGCGGCUCUAAUAAUGCAUUUGCUUGUUGACGCGCCGUUUGGUUUAUUGAUAAACAGACUAUUUUUGGGAAGAAGACCUAGCACAAAAGUAAAAGAAAAUUGACGAAUUCAAAAUGUGAAACAGUCCACUGCAAAACACGACAAACCUAUAAAUAUUGUGUACUUUUUUCUAAUUGUAAAACCUCAAUUCUAUAAAAUAUGUAGUUUCGGCUGAUAUUUUAGCCAUGUUCUUUGUUAGUAAAAGUAUUUUUGAAUAACAAACUUUUUUUUGGCUCUAAUAUUUUUUUUUUAAAAUUGAAGAAUGGCAGAUAAAAUAUAAAUAUGUCUAUAGUUUUCGGCAUAAGAUCGGUCACCUGAUUUAAAUUUGGUUGGGUAAAACUAGAUUUCCACAUCUCAGGAAAUACACCAGAGUUUAAGCUCUAGUAAUAAAGCUUUUAAAUAACUAAAAUAAUUUGUUUUGUAUUCCCGCCACAAGUAUAAGUAUAAUGUACUGCUUUUUAAUGUAUUGUAUCACGAUUAAGUUCGAAUUUAUAAAAUGUAUUAUUUUAAUGUAUUUAAUAUAUUAAUCAUUAUUGUAGUAACUAUUCUAUGAUUCAUUUAUUUUUAAAAGAUUUCACAGCUAAUUUUAUUUAACUAAGUAGUAAUAUUUUUGAAUAAAUAACAUAA